GCGGAGAUGGUCUUCCGCCCAAACACCAGAUCUGCAACACCGGAGACAGCCCAGCCUUGCCUUGCGCUGAGUUUGGUCCUCCCCUUGCCGGUGCUAGUCAAGUUAGCGAGUCGCUGGAAGCGUGUUGCACGUCGACACCACUUUCUUGUCCCUUUCACAGCUGUCACUGUUUAUACGGGGAACCAUGUCCAUACUACAAGGCCCGAUUGUAUCUUGACGGCAGGACUGGGUCGUGUGAAAGCAUGCUACUACGUACUCCUGUCUACACUCAUCCUCCGACAUGAAAGCAGUCGCAUUCACGACUCCCUCUCGUCACCUCCAAAUUCCACACCAUGGAUCCUCAAAGUCCGACUUCCUCGGGCUUCGAAUCCGCCCCACAGUCUCCUACGACACCAGGCUCACGCAAACUCCCCACUGACCUACCCACUUCGCUGGACGACCGUCGUCCUCUGGCUCAUUAUGGUGGGGAGACUGAGAUGUAUGAUGGCUGGCAAGGAUCGUCACAGUAUAUCACUGCGCCUACUGCAGCGAAGCCUCUAGACUUCGAUCUCCACCUGGACACUCCAGCCUACGACGAUGCCGAGACUUUUGCCCGAAUACAAGAUAGCGACUCGCGGCUCAUGGAGAUGGUUGCGGCUCAGGCUCAACAUAGAGAGGAUGGGAGCCCCGGACAAGACGAAGACGCCAUUGCCAUGGACGAUAAACUAUCUGCAGCCGAGAAGAAGGAGAUCCUACAGAAGAGUCUUAAUAUGGCCGCCAGCAAUGGAGAUGUAGCACGGAUACGGAAGCUUGUUGGGAGUAAAGCCAAAGAAUUCGUGGAUGUCAACCAGCCAGACGAAGAGGGUACUGUCCCUUUGAUAUAUGCCAGUUGUUUCGGACACUACGAAGUGGUAUCAGCUCUGCUGGACGCCGGAGCCGUCGUUGACAAACAAGAUCGCAACCAGUGGAGUGCGCUCAUGUGGGCGAUGACCAACCGGCACAAACAGAUCUCCAAACUACUCCUCGACCAUGGCGCAAAUCCCGAGAUCAAGUCCUCCUCUGGAGGUACCGCCUUAGACUUCGUACAGCCAGGUUCCGACUUCUCACACUUCCUGCAUGACAAUGGCUAUCACUUUGGAGGCCCGACUCUCGAAGAUGACUUUUACAACUCGGGCUUCUCUCAAGAUCGGUUUGAGGAGGAAAUGGCUGAAAAUGAAUUGAAGAGGCGCAUGUUAAUGCAGGAGAGCGCGGCCAAUCUAGAGGUCGACUUGUCGACAUUGGGAUUUGAUGAACCACCUCAGUCUCCCACCGAAUUGGAAUCGGAUGAGGAGGAAUUUAUCUGGGACCGAUGUGUUGGCGAUCAGAUGUUCGUCUUCCAGACGGAUAAGCUUGAUGAUAUUCUGGAUCUUAUCAUCACCAACAUGACUCCACAACGAUCACCUUCACAAAAGCCCGUCCCUGCAAAUUUGAUCUUCUUGAUGGCAAGAUAUGCCCACUACCAUAUGACUGCCUCAUUGCUGGACGAAGUGUUGACGAAAGCGAUGGAUCUGAUCAACGAGGUUAUCGAGCGGUCCCAAUGGGAUAUGACCAUGUUAGCUUUCUGGAUAUCCAACGCGACACUGUUGCUACACUACCUGAAAAAGGAUGCUGGUCUAGUGCAGGUUACUUCAAAGUACCAACUGGAGCUCGCUGAAUUGAUCAACGAGACCUUCAUCUUGAUCAUCCGGGACGCCGAGCGAAGAAUGAACAAGGUCCUGGACACAGCAAUGCUGGACCAUGAGACGAUACCCGGACUAGAUGACAUUGCUUUUCAAGGAGAAUGGAAAGUGUUCAAGUCAAAGUCAAAGCCCAAAGAAGAAGCACCAGAAAAGCGAUUCCGACCACCUUCACCAAAUCGACGAGCCCAAACCUCUCCCCGAAAUAUCACGUCGCUUCUGUCUUCCACGCUCUUCGUGCUUGACCUGUACGACGUUCAUUCUGUCAUCACCGCACAGAUUUUAGCUCAGCUUAUAUACUGGAUUGGCGCGGAAUUGUUCAACCGUGUCAUGACUACUCGAAAAUACCUGUCCCGGACAAAAGCCAUGCAGAUACGCAUGAAUGUUUCAGCCAUUGAGGACUGGGCUCGCGCGAACAAUCGACAACCGGAACAUUAUGAGAACGGGUCGACCAUUUCGAGUGGGGAGAACACAGUCGACGCUGCCAGGCGCCAUCUCGCUCCCAUAAUACAGCUUCUACAGUGGCUGCAGUGCUUCAGCUCACUUGGUGACGACCAUGAAUCAUUGGUGGGGACUCUCGUGCAGCUGCAACGACUCACUCCAACGCAACUGAUUCACGCCGUCAAGAAUUACCGAGCGGAGGUGGGCGAAAAGAGCUUACCCAAAGCUCACAUGAAGUUUUUGGUGCAGUUGCAAAAGGGAGAGCAAUCCCUGAUCAAGCGACCAAUUACGCCGGUGGUAGAGGCCGCCGAGGCUGCAACAGCAACGCCAACCAAGCAAAAUGGGGAUAUUAGCUCGACAGCAAAGAGUCCUAGCACUCCUCAAAGUGUCUCUGCGCCUUCGAUCGCGUCUCCGACCGAGCCGGACCUAGAUCCGCCAAUGAAUAGGAACGCUCUGACGUUGGAUCAGUCUCUGAUGCUUCCAUUCUCGCUGCCUACCUCGACGGACAUGCUAAUCACUUAUGGGGCUGGUAUUGGCGGAGUCAAUCGAGAGAGAGCGAGGAAGUAUAUCCCGACGGUUCCGACGGAGGUCUUGAGCAAGUUAAACCUCGACGGUGAGGGGCUGCGCCGUGAGGGCAGUAUUGGAACAAUAGGCACCACGGCACAGGGCUGGCGAUAGCAGCGGCCUGUGAUUCGAAAAGGAGAGAGUACAUGCAAAAUCACAGAUCACGAUCACAGCGCGGCGUUGAUAUAGGCUCGUGAAGUCGAGGACUCGGGAUUUCGAGUAUGACUAGUCACUGGAUAUCAUUAUUCUCGUAAUGUGGCCAUAUUUACACGCUGCAGCAUACUGGCGACCAAGACAUCGGCACAACGAAUCCAUCUAGAUGCUCACCGCCGUCAACCUUUUCUCAUGUGCUGCGACCAUCAUUUUGACUUAAUGCUGAUCACCUUCACCAAUGCAGAUUGUAGCGUAUCACACCGAGAGA